AUGAACCCAUCCGAUGGUUCGAGCACCCUUCCAGCCGGACAUGGGGCGAUCAGGAUGACCACCAUCGACCCCCCGACUCGGGCGGAGGAAGAAUGUGGGCCGGUCGGCCAACAGAUCAGCUUCCCGGUCCUCAGAUUCAGCUAUCCCCUCAAGUUGAUCGUCAGUCGACCGUACCGCAACCACCUCCAUAAGCUACAGGUCGGCCUCGUCUAUCUCUUGAAUUAUGGCGGUGGCUUGCUCUCCGGCGACCGAUUGAAUCUCGAGAUCCAGGUGGACGACAAGUGCCAGCUCUUAUGUCUCAGUCAGGGGAGCACCAAAGUAUUCAAAGAGAAAGUUAAGCCGACCAAUCGAUCCUCAUUUCCGCCAAACCGGGACUCGUUAUACCCUAGCUCUCAGAGUACCACCACCGCGCCUACAGAAACGAGUGAUGUGUCCAGGCAGAAUAUCACGGCCAAGAUCGGCUCAAAUGCAACCCUGCUCAUGCUGCCAUCCUAUGUAACCUGCUUCCGGGAUUCCAGUUUUAUUCAAAAGCAGAUAUACCAUUUGCAAGACCACUCGAGUUCGUUAGUCUGUCUGGAUUGGUUUACCUCAGGCCGUUCGCUAUCGACCAGACUACCCGAUAAUCAAAACCAAUCGAAUCAGCUUGAAUCGUGGACGUUCAAGAAGUUUCAAUCGUUUGUCGAAGUUUACAUGUCCUCGAAACGGAUCGCCAGAGAGAACCUGAUCCUCUUAAAAGAUCAGCAUCAUCCAACCCAAGACCAUUUCACCAUCUACGCGAAUCUGUAUCUGGUAUGUUCGAGCGAUAAUUUAAAACUGGUCAAGACCCUGGACCGGCUCAAGGAGCUGGACCGGAACAGCAAUAAGACUCGUCGGCAGCAACCACGGAGUUCAGAGAAGAUCGAAGGCGAACAGCAGGUCGACCAAUCUCAACUUUUGUGGUGUUUCUCUGAACUGAAUCAUCAUCCUGAGCCCGAGAUCAGUCCCUCCACCGAUCCACAUCUACCCGAUCUCCAUCCUCCACCUCUUACAAGGCCUUCCGUCCGAACCGUUAUCAUUAGGAUCGGCUCGCAGUCAUCAAUCCUCGUCCGCGAUUGGUUGGAGAAAAAUCUGGCGGAUCUGCAGGAGCUUAUCGGACCUGAAUUCUAUAGGAACUGCUUCUAAAUCGCUCUUUCAUAAUGAGAUAGACACAUUCUAUGUUCUUCUGUGAGACCUCAAGUCAUCUUCCUCCUAACUGGCUUCAUUAUGUUUCAUCAUCAUUUCAUACAUCCUCGCCCGCUAUAUCCAAGGG